UUUGUCAAAGAUUAUUCAACCGAUACGUGUGUGGUCAUUUAAAUCUUUAUGAUAUUUUGUGUAGUUUGCAUGCGGUCUGCCAUACAAAACCAUUCUUGGCAAAAUGGCUUCCAGUGACACCGGCGUGUACAAGUUGAGAUGUUCGCUUAUCGGACAUUCUAUGGACGUCAGGCGGUCGCUGCCGCUGUCUUUCCCGACGGCGCUGUUGUGACGGCAUCCAGAGACCAAACAACGCGACUGUGGGCCCCAAACUCUGAAGAUAACAGCUUUAUGGAGGCCCAUGUGAUGACAGGACACAGUAACUUCAUCUCCAGUGUCUGCCUCCUGCCUCCUUCUGAUGACUACCCUCACGGACUGGUGGUAACCGGUAGCAACGACCACAACAUCCACAUGUACAGUCUGGAGUCCCCAGAACCAGUCUACAAACUUACCGGACAUAAGAACACAGUUUGCUCUCUGGCAGCGGGAAAGUUUGGGACCCUCCUGAGUGGUUCCUGGGACAAGACUGCUCGCGUGUGGCUGAAGGACCGGUGCAUGAUGACUCUGUCGGGACACGAGGCGGCCGUGUGGGCGGUCGCCAUCAUGCCGGAACACGGGAUCAUGCUGACGGGCUCCGCAGACAAGACCAUCAAGAUGUGGCGGACGGGGAGGUGUGAACAGACUUUCACAGGACAUGAAGACUGUGUGAGGAGUCUAGCUGUAGUUUCCAACGUGGAGUUUCUGUCAGCCAGUAAUGACGGGUCUAUCCGCCGCUGGUUAACAACAGGAGAAUGUACACAGGUUUACUACGGCCACACCAACUAUGUGUACUCCCUGGCCAUGUUGCCGAACGGUCAGGACUUUGUGACAUCAGGAGAGGACCGGACUGUGCGUGUGUGGAAGGGUGGGGAGUGUAUACAGACCAUCACUCUACAGGCUCAGUCUGUCUGGUCUGUGGCAUGUUUAAGUAAUGGUGACAUCGCUGUAGGAGCCAGUGACAAUGUGACCAGGGUGUUCACCUGUGCUCCUGAGAGGUACGCCAGUCCCGAGGAGAUCAAAGAGUUUGAGGAGCAGGUGGCGUCAUCGACCAUCCCCGCCAAGGCAGCGUCUGACAUGGACGGCAUUAAUAUUAAUGAGCUGCCGGGCAAGGAGGACCUACAGAAUCCAGGAAAGAAAGAAGGACAGACAAAGCUGGUGAGGUCUGGCAUGACUGUGGAGGCGUAUCAGUGGAGCAUGGCCCAGCAGGAGUGGACUAAGAUCGGGGAUGUGGUGGGGUCAGACGAGGGGUCAGGGGGCACCGGAGAGAAGGUCUGGUAUGAGGGGAAGGAGUAUGAUCACGUGUUCACAGUGGACCUAGAUGAUGGCAGGCCCAAGCUGAAGCUACCCUAUAACCUGUCAGAUGACCCCUGGCUGGCAGCUCACAACUUUCUGGAGAAGAAUGAGUUAAGUCAGCUGUACUUGGACCAGGUGGCCAAGUUUAUCUUAGAGAACACCAAGGGCAUGACAGUCGGGCCUGCACCCGACACACAACAGUAUGCAGAUCCCUUCACAGGUGCGAACCGCUACGUCCCAGGGUCAGCUGCACCAGCUGAUGUACCACAGCAAGGUCAGGGGUCAACACUGGGCAGUGACCCCUUCACAGGAGGUGGUCGUUACAUCCCAUCCUACGCUGCCAGAGACAUGCAGGACAACCCUCCACCCCAAGUGCCUCCGCCCUCCAACCCCUACUUCCCCAGGGUCACCCCUCUGCUGUUUGAACAGGCAAAUCCUGAGGCUAUCCUUGGCAAGAUUAAGGAGUUCAACAGUCAGGUGCCAGCAGAAAUGCAACUGGAUGAAACCGGUUUGGACCAGAUCAACCAGCUGCUGGCAGUGACGACCAAUCAGCAACAAGCAGCGCCCACGGCCAUGCAGAUGGACACUCUGUGGAAGAUCGUGCAGUGGCCCAAAGACGUUGUGUUCCCGGCUCUGGACAUCCUCCGGCUGGCCCUCCGCCACCCCGACGUCAACCAGCACUUCUGCAACUCCAAGGACGGGCCGCAGUUCCUCCAACACCUCCGCACCUUCCUCUCACCUGACUCCCCGCCAGCCAAUCAGAUGCUCGCCCUGCGAGCCGUGUGCAACAUGUUCGCCCAGCCUGUGGGGAAGGGUCUCGCCAUAUCCCAGCAUGCCUCUAUUCUGGCCACAACCUUAGACUGCAGCGCCAGUGCCAACAAGAACGUCCGUAUCGCUAUGGCGACAAUCCUGCUGAACUACGCGGCCGUGAUCCAGGAUCCGGAGGACAUAGAGGGGAAAUCUCAGUGUCUGUCAGCCGUGGCAACACUGCUGGACAGAGAGCAGGUCAACGAGGCUUGUUUUCGUCUCCUCGUGGCGUUGGGUUCCUUAAUGGUUGGCGAUGACAACGCUAUUGCGCUCGCACGAUCUCUGGAGUUGGUUCCCGUUGUGGCCAGGAAAAGGGGAAUCACAGAGGCACCGAAAGUGGGAGAGUGUGCCAGAUUUGUACACCAAUUGUUGGAGGGAUAAGAAUAGAAAUUUAGAGUA